AUGGCAAGAGGUCCCAGACGCAAUCCUUCUUUCUUCAAGGUCUUGAUUGGUGAUUUCACCAACAAACUUCGAAUACCACCCGCUUUUAUGAAGAAAUUCCGGAGGAUGACGUUCAACAAUGCCGUCCUGAAAACUGUUACUGGGGAGUCCUGGAUGGUGAGCGUGAAACAGGAAGAUUCGUGCUACUUUUUCAAGAAAGGUUGGAGGAAAUUCGUGAAAGAUCAGCACCUGGAGGCAGGGGAUUUUCUGGUUUUCUGGUUCCUUGGCGAUUCAACAUUCCAAGUUGUGGUAUAUGAUAAAAGUGGAUGUGAAAAGGACCCGAAUUUGGGUGCCAAGGGGAAGAGAAUUGGGUUACAUGGGGAAAAGAACAACCCAUGCAUGGGUAGGCACACAGCCUGUCAACUUUCUCUUUCCCUCACGCACCAACACACCCCCCAAGUUCACUGCAGAAACUCACCAUAUGCUUCAAUGCAUGCAUUUACAGGUAGAGAUGAUGCGAAUCAUGUGAUGCCAGCGACAAGUGUUGCAGUGAAGAUGGAAAGUAAAGAUCAGGGAGCAGACAAAGCAGCUGCCUCUGGCAGAACAAAGCAUCCGCAGUUUGUAAAGGUUCUGAAAAAAUACCACGACUACGUGAUGGGAAUUCCUAAGAGGUUUGUUAGCAGAUAUGGAAAGAACCUGUCGAAUAUUAUGUUUCUCAAGGUUCCUAGUGGCGCAGUGUGGCAAGUGGGACUGAAGAGAGGCGAUGGUGAGGUUUGGUUGGAUGGUGGCUGGCGGGAAUUUGUUGAGUAUUACUCCAUUGGGUAUGGGCAUUUUUUAGUAUUCAGAUAUGAAGGAAAUUCCAUUUUCCAUAUACUUAUAUUUGAUAUGACUGCUUCCGAGAUUGAAUAUCCUUCCACUAAUGCCCCACAUUAUGAAGAACCAAGCAGUAACAUUGGGGGAAGCCUACCGCCCAAGAUGGAAGAAAUUGACAAUGAUGUUUCUGUUGAGAUUUUGGAUGUUUUUCCAGCCAGGCAGACAACAAAGGAGAAAGACACGAUCAAUAUAUCUUCUAGUGAAGAAGAGUUCACCCCCUGUUUGCCCGAAAUUGUGGAAAUUGAGAGUGAUGUUUCCGUUGGAACGUUUGAUGUUUUCCCUACAAGCCAGAAUCCAGAAGAGAAAAGAAGUUCGCCUUUUCUUCAGCCCACUAAGAAAAGAAGCAACAACUCUUCUCGGAAAACUGAUAACACCUCCAAUGUCCGAUCUCUGUUUCCACAUUUUCAGCCCAAAGGAGUUGGAGCUACUGGGGUGAAGUUUGAAAAGUCAGGGAUAGAUGCAGAUUUGCUUCCCGGGACGUCAGGGCUUAAGGUUGGCCAUGAUUUUCACGCAAAAGAGAGCUGUGGAACAGUAGCCGCCAUUCAAAGAAACGUGCUGUCCGGGGUUCUACCACCAGUGACCGCCAGCAAAGAAGUAGGGGCUCUUCAAAGAGCCAUAGCUUUCAACCCGGAAAAUCCUUUCUUCAGAGCGAAAAUGGGACCAAGUUACCUCGGACCGUCAAGGCAUGGUUUGAAUAUACCAAUCUGGUUUGUGGAGAGGUACUUCAAAACAGAUGACAAGUCCAUAACCCUUUGGGGUUCGGAUGGGAGAACUUGGUCCACUAGCUACCGUCUGGGAAGGAGGAGAAACGGAAAGCGGGUUGCAGAACUACUCUAUUCUGGUUGGAAAAUAUUCGUGCAGGAUAAUCAGUUGAAAUUAGAAGCUCUUCCCCGGCGAAGCUACGGAGUGUCACUCCGGUCAAAUUUUCUGUCGAAGAAACCACACUUUUUCAGGAUAAUGCACCCAGCUUUGCUUAAAGAUGGAAAGCCAGAAAUUCCAGAGAGGUUUUUGAGAAAAUAUGGAAAGCAUUUGUCAAGCGUAGUAUUUCUCAAGGUUCCUAGUGGUGCACAAUGGCGUGUAGAAUUGAUGAAACGCCAUGAUGAGGCUUUGUUGCAGGGUGGUUGGCAAGAGUUUUGUGAGUUUUAUUCUAUUGGGUAUGGACAUCUUUUAUUAUUCAGAUACGAAGGCGAUUCCCAUUUCCAUGUACUUAUAUUUGAUAUGACUGCUUCUGAGAUUGAAUAUCCAUCCUCCAAUGCCACCCAUGAUGAAAAACCAAACAAUAAUAAUGGGGUAUGCCAACCGUCCAUUUUGAAAGAAAAUCAUGAAAAUGAUGUCUCUGUUGAGAUUUUGGAUGAUUUUCCAGCCAGCCAAACAACCAAGGAGGAAGAUAUAAUCAAUAUUACUUCUAGUGAGGAAGAAUUCAGCACGAAUGAGGCCAGCAGUUUGCCCAAACUUAAGGAUAACAAGAGAGAUGUUUCUGUACAAAGUUUUCAUGAUGGCCCACCAAGCCACAAUACAAGGAUGAAAACAAAAUUGGCAUGUCUGCAACCCAAUGAGAGGAGAAGAAAUAUUACUCCUCCUAAAACUUUCAACACUUCUAAUCAUCAAUCGAAAGGCAUUCAAGGCACCGGAAUGAAAUUUGAAAAGUCUACCCCAGAAUUUCGGGAUAAAGUUAAUUUUGAUGCCAAGGAAGGUGGUGAAGGAAGGGCCACCGCUCAAAGAGGCAUCAUCUCUCAAUAUGUUCCAGCAGUGACAGCCAGCAAAAAAGUUGGAGCUCUUCUCAGAGCUGAAUCUUUCAAACCACAAAAUCCUUUCUUCAUUGUCACUAUGCGACCAUCUUAUGUUGGUACUGGAAGAAAUAUGACCAUACCGCUGAGAUUUGUGAAGAGGCACUUUACAACAGAUGACAAGAAGACAACCCUUAGGGUUUCGAAUAGAAGAACUUGGACUCUUAAGUACUGUAUCAGAAGACGCGAUGCAAAACUUUCUUCUGGGUGGAGAAAGUUUGCCCGUGAUAAUUAUUUGCAAGUUGGUGAUGUUUGUGUCUUCGAGCUCAUCAACUCCACUGCAAAUUUACUCAAGGUUGUCAUAUUCCGAAAAUGAAGGCGUGGCUUCCCACCUUCCAUCCUCCAUAGCCAAAGUAGGAAGUCCGUUCAACUUUUUGGAUCAAGGCUUAGUUUGAAUUGCAUAUGUUCUAUUUAAAAGUACUAUGAUGAUCUCGUAUGUUUUUCCCUUAUGUCCCUUACACUAAAUCUCAGAUAUUUUGCCCCUCUCCUUCGCUUUCUAGUUUCUAGCUUCGUCACUAAUCA